AUGAAAAGAGAUGACGUACACAAGUGUACAUUCUGCUGCCUUAUCUUUCAAGAUGCCGCCAUGUACCAUAUUCACCGCAACAUGCAUGACAAAUCAGACAUCCGCAAGUGCAACAUGUGUGGGAAGUUACUCCAAGAUAAAUAUGACUUCACUGCCCAUUUUCUAAGCAUGCACCAGAGCUAG